GCGGCAGCAGCAGCAGCAGCGGUGAGCAGCCCCGGCCCCCAGCGAUCGGUUCCGGGAGCGGCGUCAGGGGUCGGGCAACCCGCGGGCCGCUCCUCGCAGUGGCCGCUCGCUACCGAGGAGCAGCGAGCGGGAGCAGGAGGCCGCGGCUCCGUCCACCCGUCCCUCGCAGCCUCCGCAGGAGAAAAGGCGCCGCUACGAGGCCCGCGCUGUGCGACAGCGGCGUGAGGAUGAAGGCGUCGCUAUCGGCAGCGUCGAAUAAAUAGCGACCGAGAGUCCGAGGGGAGGUCCGUCCCGAACGAUGGCUCGGCGCUGGGACCGGGCGGUCGAGGCCCUCUGCGGCCUGGCUCCGGCGUGGAGUGUGGCCCUGCGGGUGCCCAGCAUUCUGGCCCUGGAGCGGCUCUACCGCUGGGAUGGCCACGUCUCCCUGCACGAGUUGGGCCUUCCCGACGCGCCGCUCUUACUCGCCAAGUACCAGGCCGUGAUCUGCAACCUCUACUACCUGGGCCACAUCUUGUGCAUCGUGAUGCUCGGGCUGCCGCUGCAGCGCCUCGUCCGCCUCUACCUGUGCGUGCUGACUGCCGGGCUGCUCUACGCAGGACACCACAUCUCCAGGUGACGUGCCCACCACCACCACCAACACCACCACCAACCACCAACACCAACCACCUGUGUGGUCACUCUCCCCGCCCCCAAAGACAAUGAUCCCCCGUGUAGCCUUAACAUAUUGUUGGGGCAAGUGCUGUUUAGCACCUAUGAAGGCCAGCAUGGCACACGAGGGGGUGGGUGUCUCUCCAGUGGCGAUGUUUGCACAUCGCACCAGGUACUCAUUUGAGGCGGAGCUGACCUAGGGGAGGCUCAGAACCGAUUAAGGUAAUCAUCACUUGUGUUGACCGUGAGCUGGAAUCGAACUUGGGUCGCAGGAUUCGUAGUGCACCACUACACUACCGGUC